AUGGGUCUAUUUUAUCGUACUAUUAAAAAUCGGAAUAAGAAAUCAUGGACACCCCAUGAACUUCGGAUCAACGGAGUGAUCAUACGCGAUCCAGAUAUCAUUCGAACAGCAUGGUACGAACACUACAAAACACUUGCUGCAAAGACAAAAUACCCGUUGUUUGAUCAAAGGUUCGAAGAACAUGUAGAACUCUCUGUAAUAAACAUGAAGGAAGAAUCCUAUAGAAACUUUGAUAAAGUUGGUGAUGUUAUGAUAAGGAAAGAAGAGGUUACAGAAGCAAUGGAGAGAAUGAAAAACGGAAAAGCACCUGGCCUUGACAAACUCGUCAUUGAACAUUUGCGCUUUGUGCAAGACAUUAUUCUAGAAAUCCUCUCUAGUAGAAAGCGACGAAAGCACCCUGCGGCUAGACCAUUUAUUCUUGGUCAGGAAAACAUCAACUUACAUUCAGAAAAUAUUUAUGCUGGGGUCGUCCUUACUGAUAGGUUGCAAAACGAUACAGCAAUCACACAAGCAUGCAGGAAGGGCAAGCGCAUAUUAAACUCGCUUAUCAACAUAGGAGUUCAUGAUCAGGGUAUACAUCCCAUGACCAGCGUUAAAUUGUGGAAAACAGUUGUCAUGCCACCGAUCUUGUAUGGAUGCGAAUUAUGGGAUGUGAUCUCUAAAAAGUCGAUCGAAGAGCUAGAAAUUGUACAGAGAUACGCGGCCCGUCGAAUGCAAGGAUUUGACCAGAGAUCACCAACACUGUGUACCAUCCAGGGAUGGGGUAAUGAUAAUGUGUAA